CUCGUCGUAUUUGUGCAAAAAUUUCAAAAUUUCGAUUAAAAAAAAAGUAAAUACAAAUCGAUUAAACUAGAAAAAUUCGGAUCAAAGUGAACCCUUGUUUAUCCUAUUCUUAUGAAGGUUGUUAUUUGCCGCCCGAUAGAUUACUAUUUGCCGCCCACAGUUUUGAAGCAAAUGACUUUUUUGCCCUCGAACCACAAUUGUCAUUCGCCAGCAACAAUUUCCGCCGACUGUAAAUCCAGCCGCCAUAAAUCUCCGCCGGCCGAUCGACCUCCUCCACGACCAAAACCUCACCUACGAUAGCUUCCUUCCAUCUUUCCGGAAUCACCGCCGACCAUAAAUCCCUCCAACCACAAACCCAAGCGCUGUCGUCCAACUUGAAGUGGCGUGGUUGUUAAUUAGGGAAGAUUGUUAAUUAAGAACAUUUCCAUAUUGUCUCAUUUAAUUAUUUCCUUUAUUAUCAAUGGUUGUUAAUUGGGGAAACGGAUGUAUGUGUGGGUUAAUUAGAGAAUUUUGAUAUUUAGUAAUAAUUUAAUACAAUAUUUAAAAACUAAAUACUAAUUAUGAAUCAAUAAUUAACUUUUGGGAAAGAAAAAUCGGCGAACAAGUCCGACAUCGGGAAAUGUACGCCAGGCACCGGUCCGACGCCGGCGGGAGGACCCCGUCCGACGCCGGCGGGCGGACCCCGUCCGACGCCGGCGGGCGGACCCCGUCCGACGAGGGCGGGUCGGACCCCGUCCGUCGCCGGUGGGCGGACCUCGUCCGAUUGCAGGCCGACCAUCCAUCUCCGUUUCCAGCGACGACCGCCCAUCUCCGUCUCCGGCAAGGUCUUGCUCCCGCGGCGUAUCCCUCGCCGCAGCUGCACAAAAGAAGAGGAAAUCGAGAGCUCGGAAUGCGGGUGAAGAUGGUGGAUGAAGCGUCGUAAAGAAAAAUGAGGAAGGCGAAUCCUUGCCGGGAAUUGCGGGUAAAAAAAGAGGAAGGCGAAUUUAAUCCUAGUCAGGAUUUGAGGAAGAAAAAAGAGUAAGAUGAGGCUGGCGGUUCCAUUCUUUCUCCACUGCAGCGGCAACAAAAUUUGGCCAGCUAUUCCGAACGGCGGCCACAGUAAAAGGAUGGGGUAGUUUCAGUUAGGUUUUAAUUCGUUGAAGGGCAAAUUAGACUUUUUUUCUUAAAUUAUGGACGGCAAAUAGUAAAUAGUCGAGCGGCAAAUAACUAUUCACAUUCUUAUCUGCAGCUAGCUAGACCGCAAGCAAGCCUAGCUAUCUAGCCAGAGACCUAGUUAACGCUUAGUUCAAGUGUGAUCCUUUGGCUCUACGUCGUUGCUCAUGAAGUGAUAAUAAUCAAUGCCCUUUACC